CAAGAUUGGAUUCUUAUAACAAGAGACUCGAAAGCCAAAUCGACUUCUCCUCCCAUCGCUUUUCAUUUGAACUUCACGUAACCAAACACAUCGCCGAUGGGAGACGAUGGAGAAGGAACGGCGGCGGAGGGGAGAGUGCCGUUGCUGCCGGCGGCGGAGGACGGUGGCGGAGGAGUGAAGAGGAAGGUGUGGGUGGAGACGAAGAAGCUGUGGCGGGUGGUGGGGCCGUCCAUGUUCUCCAGAUUGACGACGUAUUCGAUGAUUGUGAUCACUCAGGCUUUCGCCGGCCACCUCGGCGAUGUCGAACUCGCCGCCAUCUCCAUCGUCAACAACGUCAUCAUCGGCUUCGUCUUCGGCCUCAUGCUGGGGAUGGCGAGUGCAUUGGAGACGAUGUGCGGGCAAGCUUUCGGGGCGAAGAAGUAUUACAUGUUGGGAGUGUACAUGCAGCGUUCUUGGAUCGUACUCUUCGUCUUCUGCAUCUUCUUGUUGCCGGUAUACCUCUACGCAACGCCUGUUCUUAAGCUGCUCGGACAGCCCGACGACGUGGCCGAGCUUUCCGGCACGUUGGCCGUGUGGGUCAUCCCCCUCCACUUCGCCUUCGUCUUCAGCUUUCCCCUCAUACGCUUCCUCCAGUGCCAACUCAAGAACUCCAUAACGGCGUGGGCGGCGGGGGUGGCGCUAGUGGUGCACGUGGCGGUGAGCUGGUUGUUUGUGAGCGGACUGAAACUAGGGGUGGUUGGGACCAUAGCCACCAUCAACGUCUCGUGGUGGGUCAACGUCGCCAUCAUGUUUGCUUACUCCGUCUGCGGUGGCUGUCCGCUUACGUGGCACGGAUUCUCCGGCGAUGCUUUCUCCGAUCUCUGGGAUUUCGUCAAGAUCUCCGCCUCCUCUGGCAUCAUGCUCUGCUUAGAGAAUUGGUACUACAGAAUAUUAAUUCUCAUGACUGGAAAUCUCCAAAACGCCAAGAUCGCCGUCGAUGCCUUGUCCAUUUGUAUGUCAAUCAAUGGGUGGGAGAUGAUGAUUCCUCUCGCUUUCUUCGCAGGGACCGGGGUACGUGUUGCUAAUGAACUCGGGGCGGGAGAUGGGAAGGGGGCGAAAUUCGCGACGAUAGUAGCAGUGACGCAGUCGUUAGUGAUAGGACUCGUGUUUUGGGUGAUCAUAGUCUUUCUCCACGACCAGAUCGGUUGGAUCUUCUCUUCAAGCCAACCUGUCCUCCAAGCCGUCAAUAAGCUCUCUAUUCUUUUGGCCUUUACCGUUCUUCUCAACAGCAUUCAACCCGUUCUCUCCGGUGUGGCGGUUGGGUCGGGUUGGCAAUCCUACGUGGCUUAUAUAAACUUGGGAUGCUACUACCUCAUCGGGGUUCCUCUAGGAAUUGUCAUGGGUUGGGUUUUCAACUUCGGGGUUAUGGGGAUUUGGGCGGGCAUGAUAUUCGGAGGAACCGCGACUCAGACGCUGAUAUUGGCUAUAAUGACUAUGAGAUGUGAUUGGGAAAAAGAGGCGGAGAGGGCAAGUGCACAUGUGGACAAGUGGUCGAAAACGAUAAAAUGAAGAUAUGGAUUUUGAGAAAGUCGAUGGGAAAAUAACAGAAGAAAGGAACAAUAUAAUUCCCCGAGGAUCCAUUGAUAUUAAAAUAUUAAAUUUAUCGAUUUUAUCCCAUCGGUUGCAUUGAUAUUUCUUAAUAA